CUCAUAAAAUCUUUUCCUUCAGAAUUUACUUUGAAAACUGAUCAUAUUGUUCUCGAUGCAUGGAACAAACCCUUUAUCUCUCUUCAGAUAACUUUUGGACUUUCGUCCACUCCGUGGCAUGGCGCAAGUUCAGCUCCAUCCGCGUGACAGAGGGCGUCCUACUCGACAGUCUUUUCUACGCGUACUACUCGCUGGUUCAGGAAGGCAAGCUGUACUCUUUUACCACAGAAGUCUUUCAAGGGAACGACACAGCGACACACCAGGGAAAGUCUGACAAGAAGGACGGCAGUGCACCUAUGAAGAUUACUUUCACGUACUACGCUCCAAGUUUGAGUGCUCUCAGCGAGAUUAUCUACCACCAUCAAGGAUCCAGAGUUAGCCUAGAUACCUUGGCCCAACAGAACGAAAGUCCCAUUAAACAACCAACUCUUUCUCCCGACGUCUCUCUCGAUUUCGCAUGGUCAACCGAGCCGAAAGAGAGCAAUGUGACUAUGAGUCAUGUGACACACGCGACGCCUAACAACCCGCCAAACUCUCCGACACCAUCACGUCAACCGACGGAGACGAUGCUGAAAAAAAGAAAGGACGAAUCGCUGCUGGUCGGACGUCGAAACGAUAUCGUCAAGUACCCGUCGAGUUACUACAGCCUGCCGCUUGUGCUACGGAAUCGCUUCACGCUUGGAAUGAAGCCGAAAGGCGAUUACGGGAUGGCCGUUGAGGGAAAACCCUUGCAAUGCCGUCGGCAAGACAAUGAACAGUUUUCACCAUGCAGCGAGGUUUAUUUCACGCGGGAAACUAACAAAAUGUCGGGUUACAAAUCCUCGCUACAAGCGGUGCGUGCGUCCUAUUGCUCGCGGUCGCAAACAGUCCGUCUUCCUUCGCUAACACCAACGAUGAGGAAAGAUGCGGUGAACAGCGCACUCGAGAAAAGGGGUGACAGCUCUUCUCCAUUGCACAGCUGUCUGGUGACUUCCAGUCAUCUGCUUAAGGACAAGGACAGGAUUAGCCCGGAUCAAGAACGCCCUACUUCGACGCGUCCCGACUCCAAACGGUCGCUGACGUUUUCACCCAAUCUGGAAUACAUCGACGUUGUGCACCGCGUCACAGCCGGACCCAUCAGUUCAAAGCCACAAGGAAAAAUCGUUUUCGACACCAACAAGCUAUCCAUCAACUGGAGUCUGGACAAAAUGAGGAGGGAGCGCCGGCGGGGAAAAUAUAGCCGAAGGUCUGCACCUUCUCCGAAAGCGUUGUUCAAGAAACUUCAAAUGCAGGACACGGAUAAAGACUAUGUUCUUGGAAAAUUCUUUGCCGAUCAUCCGUUAAAAGUGCCUUAUAACACGGAACAAGAAUACGUCCAAUGCAAGCCGUGUUUGGAACACAACUCCGAGAAUCCCAGCCCUCAUGGCCAUACAAUGAUUACCAAUCAACGUGACAGCGACGUCAGGAAACUCCGAUUUAGCUCUGUGCGAUUGGAGAAGCGAACGGGUCCGCCGUCUGCCAUCCCGCGGCCAUCGGGUUAUGCCGAUACGGUGACCGAGUUCAGGAACGGAUGCUACAGGAGUACUAAACAAUUCAUCAUCAGAAAGGAGCAAGUGACAACGUCCAAGCCAUUAGUCACGGUGACUAGUCUCACCAUCAAUAAAAUACCACAGGGAGGUUUCGAGACGUGGCAGUACAAGACAACCAACGCCAUCCUAGAUAAUUGACGAAGAAGAUGGAUGAUUUAAAUGGAUGGUUUCCCUAUAGCUUCUAAGCUGUGCUUUAUAACUAAAAUUAUCGUGCAAACUCGGGAGAAUUGAAUGCACCUAAAGUUUAUGGCGCUCAUCUAGGCUAAUUCGCCUCCCAUUUUUUAAAGGUACAAGUAACAUGUACUUCAUAACCAUGUAUUCGAGGGGGAAAAAAUCAUGAAAAAUAUCUUUCUGCGCCAAACGUUCAAUCUAAUUUCAACCGUAAAGAAAAUGUGAAAGGCGCUAACUAUUUCAGGCUUGUGAUUAUUUCAGAAGUGACUUGAAAAAUCCAUCAUAGCAUUACAGGAAUGGCAAGAAACAAAAAUUCAGAUGAUUAUUAGAAUCAGU